AUGGCAAACAUAGCGUCGAGCUCGGGAUUCGAACGCAUGCAGGGCGGCCACGGCGGAGGGUCGUCGACACAGACGGAGACGGAGAAGCCCAAGGUGGCGAUCGACACGCACGGGAACGUGUUCAAGGUGCCGGACUACACGAUGAAGGACGUGCUGUCGGCGAUCCCCGCGGAGUGCUACAAGCGCGAUCUGGGGAAGUCGCUGUCGUACGUGGCACGUGACAUCGCGGUGCUGGGCGGGCUCGCGUACCUCGCGAACUGCGUGAUCGGGCCCGCGCUGCCCGAGGCGUGGCCCGUGCGGUUUGUGUUCUGGAGCGCUUACGCGGCCGCGAUGGGCCUGUGGUCCACCGGGCUGUGGGUGCUGGCGCACGAGUGUGGGCACCAGGCGUUCUCGGAGUCCGGGGUGAUCAACGACUUCGUGGGCUGGACGCUGCACUCUUAUUUAUUGGUGCCUUACUUUUCGUGGAAGUACUCGCACUCGAAGCACCACAAGGCGACGGGCCACUUGACCCGCGACAUGGUGUUCCUGCCUCCCACCAAGGAGGAGUUCUGGGAGAAGCGCGGGUGGGCGGCGAACCUGGCCGAGUACACGGAGGACUCCCCCCUGCGCACCCUGGGCGAGCUGGUCUUGCAACAACUGGGCGGCUGGUUGGGCCACCUGUUCACGAACGUCACGGGCCAGACGUACCCGGGCGUGCCCGCGUGGAAGCGCAACCACUUCUGGCCCACGUCGCCGCUGUUCAACUCCAAGGACGCGCUGUACAUCCUGCUGAGUGACAUCGGCGUGGUCACGCAGCUCGUGGUGCUGCGCAUGUGGUACUUGAAGUUCGGGGGCUGGUCGCUGUUCAUCAACUGGUUCGUGCCCUACCUGUGGGUCAACCACUGGCUGGUGUUUAUCACCUUCCUGCAGCACACCGACCAGACGCUGCCCCACUACGACCAGAGCGAGUGGACCUUUGCCAAGGGCGCGGCCGCGACCAUCGACAGACAGCUGUGGUUCGUGGGCCCCCACAUCUUCCACGACAUCAUCGAGACGCACGUGCUGCACCACUUUGUGAGCCGCAUUCCGUUCUACAACGCGCGCCCCGCGUCCGCGGCCAUCAAGAAGGUCAUGGGCGAGCACUACCGCUCGUGCGACGAGAACAUGUUCAAGUCGUUCUGGAAGGUGGCCCGUGCGUGCCAGUACGUGGAAGGCGCGGACGGCGUUUUAAUGUUCAGAAACGUGAACAACGAGGGCGUGGGCAUGGGUCCCAAGUGA